AUGACGGACGAAAAAAAAGCGCUCAGAAACGCCCUCAAACCUUAUUAUGACGAUGUUUUGAAAUUGAAGGAACCCAAUGGACUGGAGAUUUAUCCCAUUUUCCAGGUCUUGCCACCUAGAAAGGACUACCCAGACUACUACAGGCUUAUUCGGCAUCCCAUGUCGCUGAGUACCAUCAAAAAAAGGCUCAAUAACAACUAUGUGCAUCCUCAAGAGUUGGUACAAGACUUGGCGCAAAUUACAUGGAAUGCGCGUACUUACAACACCAAAGACUCGGAUAUCUAUAACUAUGCAACGGUUUUGGAUACGUUCAUCAGGGAAAAUAUCAUACCGAGCCUUCGAAAGGAGUAUUCUGAUGUGCACUAUCCAAACCUCGGACCCUUGCCAGAUGAACUAGAGUCCAUGGCGCGCGAGCAUAGGAACCAAGACAUGUCUGACCUUCGUGCUGGUUCCGAUCUCCUCAAUAUCAAUGAUCACAGUGGAAAUACCACCAACAACAACAGCGAUUAUGAAAAUGCCGAUGGCACAAAUGACGAGGAUGAUGAAGAACUGGACGACGACUACGGCGAUCGCAGAAAUUCACAUCAUCUCAGGAUGAGAGUACCGGGUUCCGCACAAUCACCCGGUCCAGGAGGAUCGUUUCAAACAUCUUCUCAUUCCAUGACACCCACUCCAUUAUAUCAAAGGCAUCAACAACAAAAAACGCACAUGAGACGUGGAAGGCCUCCCGUAAUUGAUCUGCCCUUUGAACAACGUAUCAAGAACGUUUUGAAAAUUUUGAAAAAGGACACAAAUCAACGUGGGGAGAAUAUUACCGCUCCCUUAGACAGACUUCCUGACGAAGAACGUGAACCUCAAUAUUAUACGCAAAUCUCCAACCCUAUUUCAGUCGAUGACAUCCGCAAAAAGGUCAAGCAAAGGAAAUACAGAACUUUUCAAGGUUUCCAGCAAGACUUCAAGCAAGCCAUCGCUAAUUAUCAGCUGUAUCACAGAUCGCAGCCAGUCGAGUUGAAACGUGCUGCCGAGCUCGAAACAAGGUUUACAGAGCUUGCCCAGCACGAACUUUCCAGAACCGACGAACAGUAUAUGACAGAUGGAGAACUCAAGUACCCUUUGAACGAAGUGGAUCACAAUAAUACGACAUAUAAGAUUGGAGAUUGGAUUUUGAUUCACAAUUCGAAUGAUCCCAAGAAACCCACCAUAGCACAAAUCUUCAGAUUGUGGCACACAUCCGAUGGCAGACGUUGGCUCAAUGCUUGCUGGUAUCUGAGACCAGAACAAACAGUACACCGGGUUGAUCGUAUGUUUUACAAGAACGAAGUGGUUAAAUCAGGUCAGUAUAGAGACCAUCUAGUUGACGAAAUAGUCGGCAAAUGCUACGUGUGUCACUUUACCAGAUAUCAGCGUGGUGAUCCGGACUUGGAAAUUGAGGGUCCCUUGUUCGUUUGCGAGUUUAGGUACAAUGAAAGUGAAAAAGUAUUCAACAAAAUUCGUACGUGGAAAGGGUGUCUGCCAGAAGAAAUACGUGAUGUCGAAGAAUCUACUAUACCAGUAAUGGGUAGAAAGUUUUUCAAGUACGACUCCCCAAUCAAGCAUUUGUUGUCACCAAAUGCUACAGCAAGCGACCCUAUCCCGAUGCCCACUGAAGGCGCGGUCAAUGCCCCACCUCUGAUUGGAGCUGUAUAUUUGAGGCCAAAGGUCAGAAAGGAUGAUCUUGGUGAAUACUCUACUUCCGACGACUGUCCCCGUUACAUUAUCAGACCUGGGGACCCUGUUGAACAUGGUAAAAUUGAUAUGGAAACCGGUACCGUGGUAACGAAUUCCCAGACAACCACCAAUCUUACCAAGACCAUACCCUCCACGACACGGCUGGCGUCUUUGACCAAGAGCAGAAGUGGGACCGGACUAUCUGGAAUGCGCCAAUCGAACACCGCGGUAUACAAUCCACCUCCAGCGAAAGGCUUGCCGUUUCCAUCUCAAGGACAAGCUUCUAUCAGUCCUGGGCCGGUUGCUAUGCAGCAGACUCCGCUAGCCCCUGUCGUUAAUCCUGUUGUCCCAACUCAAAUCAAACUGGGUUCGCAAGCGACGAAGAAACCGGCUUACCAACCUCCGACCAUCAUCAAUACCUUAGCAGCCCAGGCUCGCACAAAUAAUUUGGCUUUGGGUAAUAUUUCUACUGAUACGCCUGGUGCAUACGUGAUCCCAUUGCAAAUAUCUAAGAACGUCGAAUUACUGCAACGUGCUGAUUACGGGUCACAACUGAGGCGCAUGAGCAAGGAUCAAACAGCACCAAAACGGAAGCGGGGGAAGGGUGAGGUAUUAUGGUUUAAAGGUCCAAGUGUAGCGAUUUCAGAGCGCUUGUUGAACUCAAAAAACGACUUUACGGAGGUACCCCUCAAUAGGUGGUCCAAAAAGCGGAGAAUGGAGUACGAGGAAGUAGACCCAGAGGAUAACGACUAUAUGAACGAUGACCAAGAGGAAAACGGCAACGGGAGUGGGGUCGCCAAUGGCGGUGACGAUGAUUCGGAGGAUGAGGAGUCGUCGUUGCCUGGAACUUUCCCGCUGGGAUUGAGACCUUCGGCAGCGUACAUGGCCUUCAGAUUAGCACAGCAGAGUAGUCAGUGA